AUGAGCUCCUUCGACCUCCCGGCACCCUCCCCAGCUCUCUGCAGCCCCCAGUUCCCCAGCAUCGGCCAGGAGCCCCCCGAGAUGAGCCUUUACCAUGAGAACUUCUUCUACCCACAGGGCGUGCCCAGCCCUCAGCGCCCCCCCUCCUUUGAGGGGGGUGGCGAGUACGGGGCCACCCCCAACCCCUACCUCUGGCUCAAUGGGCCGGCCAUGACUCCACCACCCUACCUGCCAGGCACCAACGCCAGCCCCUUCCUGCCCCAGGCCUACGGUGUGCAGAGGCAGCUGCUACCUGGUAUGUCUGGGCUGGCGGGCGGCGACCUGGGCUGGCUGCCCAUCCCCUCGCAGGAGGAGCUGAUGAAGCUGGUGCGGCCCCCCUAUUCCUACUCAGCUCUCAUUGCCAUGGCCAUCCAUGGGGCGCCUGACAAGCGCCUCACCCUCAGCCAGAUCUACCAGUACGUGGCCGACAACUUCCCCUUCUACAACAAGAGCAAGGCCGGCUGGCAGAACUCCAUCCGCCACAACCUGUCUCUCAAUGACUGCUUCAAGAAGGUGCCCCGCGAUGAGGACGACCCGGGCAAAGGGAAUUACUGGACCCUGGACCCCAACUGUGAGAAGAUGUUUGAUAAUGGAAAUUUCCGCAGGAAGAGAAAGAGAAAAUCGGAUGUUUCCUCCAGCACGGGAUCCCUGGCCUCCGAGAAGACGGAGAACAGCCUCCUGGUGGGCAGCCCCAAGACGGCAGAGGCCCAAGACAUCCUGGACAGUGCUUCACCGGGGACCACCGGCUCCCCAGAGAAGCCGCCCUCCCCUCACCCGCCAGGCACCCCCUGCCUCAACAGCUUCCUCUCCACCAUGACCGCCUACGGGAGCGGGUCGAGCCCGGUGAGCCGCCCUGCGGCAACACCGGGACUGAGCCCUGAGCCCACGGACAAGAUGGGGCAGAACUUGCUGAACUUCAGCUCGUACACCCCACUCACCAACCUCAGCAGCCACGGGGGCGGGGGUGAGUGGGUCAACCCCAUGCCCACCAACGCUCUCGGCUACGGAGGCUCUGUCCUCAACCAGUUCAGCCCCCAUUUCUACAACAGCAUCAACACGAACAGCGUCCUCUAUCCCAGGGAGGGCACCGAGGUCUAGAACAGAGCAGCCC